UUAUUCCGACCACCUCAAGCAACGCAGGACAGAGGAUCCUGCCGCCGCUGCCGCUACUGGGCCCGCUGCCGGGAAGAAGAGCGGUUACAGAAGCAGAAAGGACGCGGCCUUAGGUCCUUAGCCGUGGCCGUCGCAAUUCCCGUCUCUCUCCACCUCCUCGCUAUCUACGCAGGUUCAUCCGAUCCCUACCGCGUCGGAUCCAAGCCCUUCUGGAUCCCUCCCUUGUGGGCCCUGCGGUUAACCUGCAUGGCCUCCAGCUUCCUCAUGGGCCUGGCCGCUUGGUUAGUGUGGGCCGAAGGUGGUUUCCAUAAGAACCCGAUGGCCUUGCCCAUUUACUUGGCCCAGCUAGGGUUGAGCUUGAUUUGGGAUCCGAUUGUGUUCGGGGCGGGGGCUCCGUGGGUCGGGUUGAUCGUGUGCAUGGGGAUGUUCGGGGCGAUGAUCGGGUGUUCUCGGGUGUUUAAGGAUGUGAAUCCGGUCGCCGCCGAUCUUAUGAAGCCGAGUUUGGCAUGGGUUGCGUUUUUGGCCGUUGUAAAUCUGAAGCUUGUAUUCCACUGAAAUGUCAAUUUAAUUACUAUAAUCUUUUGUGCCUUGCAAGGUCCGUUUAGAAAUGAUAAAUUCUAUUAGAAGCACUUCCUGUAUAAGUACUUGAGCCUUUCAUGCAAGAAGCAAACAAGUGCUUCUUUUAGAAAACAAUGCAAAGUGUUUUUCCUGAUCCAUGAGUAAUUAAGA